GUUGUCCUUACGCUGUUGACGUAAAAGCGCAAAGAGCGUGCGCAUUGCAUUGUGGUCGCCGGUGCUUAAACAGAAAUCGAAAGCGCGUUGCUUUCCAGCUAAUACGUUAAUAUUCAGCCUGGACGGGACACUGACUGCUCAGUACCUGGUAUUAUCUGACAGACUACAAAGAGAACAUGUCAUCAACAUCCCAAAAACAUAAAGACUUUGUGGCCGAGCCCAUGGGAGAGAAGUCUGUGAUGGCUCUCGCAGGCAUCGGAGAGGUCCUUGGCAAAAGACUGGAGGAUAAGGGUUUCGAUAAGGCAUAUGUUGUCCUCGGACAGUUUCUAGUGCUAAAGAAAGAUGAGGAGCUUUUCCGAGACUGGCUGAAGGACACUUGCGGGGCAAAUUCCAAACAGCAAGGUGACUGCUAUGGCUGUCUUAAGGAAUGGUGCGACGCCUUCUUAUAAACGUUCAGUCAUUUGUUUUUCUAUUUCAGAAGUCCAAACUGUACAUUACCUCUUCAGUGAUGUAGAUUUAAUUCUGCCUCUGCUCAUAAUAGCCAUGUGGCCCUACUUCAGUGUGCGUACUUUCUGUCCAAGGUUGAAUUUUAAAUUUUGGUGUAUUGUGAAUUGACCUUUUUAAGCUCAACUAUGCCAUUUUGUUCAGUGGUAAACUCUUUUUACCAUCAAGAUUUGUUUUUGUGUUUAGUUCAGCAUGUUUCUUUCCACAUAAUGUGAUGGCUUACCUGUACAAUCCACACUAACACCUGUAGUCACCUUACAGUCUUGGACUUCUUCCUCCAUUUGCCUUUUUUUUUUUAAUGCCAUUGGGAGGUUUGUUAUAAGGUGUCAUAUCACAGUCUCAUGAACUGUUAUUCCAGCAACACUGUUUCAGCACUUUCUUGAGAUGGUUUGUCUGUGCUGAUUAAUAUGAAACAUGAAAGCUAAACCUCAAAAAAAAAGAUUUCACUGACACUGAUAUUUUGAGAUAUAUAUAUAUGUGUGUAUGUGUGAAUUGUUUUAACUUUUCAUCUUGCAAAUGAAAAAGCACCACAGUCCCACAUCUGGUCUGCCCAAGCUUGUUUGGACUCGAAUUGAAAUGUAUAUAAAUAAAGAUGCCAGUGCAACAAA